UAACCUGAAAUGGUUGUCACUACGCGUUGACAGUGACAGUUCAUGAUUCCCUAAACAAAACAACAAAAAUGGCCAUGCAAGGGAGACCAAAAAUAGCGGAAACUCCUUUAGAACUGCUUUCAACACCAGGAAUUGAGCCCGGUUUAAUAAAUAAGUACUAUGCCCCGGUAGUGACCGCUACAAUCUUUUUCGGGGCCGUCAUUAUAGGCAAUUAUGCGAGCAGGAGGCCUGUGAUGAGUGGUAUACAAAAGCAUAUAUUGGCGACAGCGGCGGGUGCCGCGGCUGGUUUUUAUGCAGAAGACUACAGGUCCAAGAAGUUGGCCGACAGGGAUGCUGUUUUGAGACACUAUGUUGAGUUACAUCCAGAGGAUUUUCCACCCUACGAGAGGAAAAAGUACAGGGAUGUGUUUGAAAAGUGGAUCCCUAUCCGUUAAAAUGUUGUAAUUUUAGUGUAUUGGUUGAUAUGAUAGUUGUCUAAUAAUGAAUUAUGAUGAAAUAAAGUUGGUAAAUGAAGUAUUAA